ACCAAAAUAUCCACAGCACACGGGCCACAGGUGUUCAUUUAAUCAUUUCCUAGAAACUACCCAAAACUGAGCAGAAGGCAAGACACUUCCAUUAAUUCCAAUAUAAUAUCAAUCUUCAGUUGGGGAAGUUUGAAGAACCAAAUUCGAUCUCGCCCUCCCGAAUCUUCAAACGAUGGCUGCUCUCACAUCAGUUGCUCUUCAGUACUCUUCCUCGUCGUCUGUGCAACCCCAGAUGCAUUCCUCGCCAUUGGUACCUUCUAUAGAACCCACAAAUGACCAUAAAUUGUGGGCGCGAGUGAGAUCACAGAAAUCCACUAGGCAAAGAUUGUACCCACAGAAUAAUCCGAAAGGGUUAAGAAUCCGAAGUGCAGCCACGAAACAAGCGAAAUCACCAGCCGAGGAAGAGUGGAAGAAAAAGCGAGAAGUUCUGCUGCAGAAAAGAGUAAGAAGUAUGGAUGCCAAGGAAGCCCUGCGCCUUCAGAAAGAAAAUAACUUCGUGAUCCUUGACGUUAGACCAGAAGCUGAGUUCAAAGAGGUUAGUGAAAGGGGUGUUCCCGAUGUCUACACCGGCAAGAAUAAAGAACUUUUCAAGCUGAAUACGCAGGCCCAUCCUCCCGGGGCUAUCAAUGUACAAAUAUACAGACUUAUAAAGGAGUGGACAGCUUGGGACAUAGCCAGGCGUGCUGCAUUUGCAUUUUUCGGUAUCUUUGCAGGGACAGAAGAGAACCCCGAGUUCAUACAGAGUGUGGAAGCAAAAAUAGAUAAGAAUGCCAAGAUUAUUGUAGCCUGCUCAACAGGGGGCACCAUGAAACCAUCCCAAAAUCUACCAGAAGGUCAACAAUCAAGAUCAUUGAUAGCAGCCUACUUGCUAGUCCUCAACGGUUAUACCAAUGUCUUCCAUCUAGAAGGUGGUCUUUACACAUGGAUAAAAGAGGGACUGCCAGUUGUUUCAGAGGAAUGAAGCUACUGCCAGGAAUGUGAUUGAAGCAGAGCUUAGUUUUGAACCCCAAGAGGAUGCAGAUAAAUUUAUUCAUGAGAAGUACUGGUGAUGUUAUAUCUUAUUAUUGAAUAUAAGCUAGGGAGUAAUUUGAGAA